CUAUUCGGAAUUCUGAAGUUUCAUCGAUAACCCUUUCAAAGAAAGCCGAAGCAAUGAUCCCCACCCACAUUAAAUGACGCCACGAUUAUAUCUAUAUCUCUGUCUCCAUAGCUGUCCAUUUCAAUAAUUGUGUCGUAAAACAUAAUUAUGCAAACGAAUUAAAAAAAACUAAUCUCGGAAUCUUCUUUUGAACAGUGUGAAACUCUUUACAUUCUGAUAACAUAAAGAGUCUUCAAUCAGCCUCGGGCAUGGUUAUUCGUGGGUUUUGUUGACCAUUCUGGGUUUGCCUCCGUCAAACUCGAAUAAUUUUCAGCCACUUAUCUUUCACAGUGAUUCUGCUCCGCCUGGGGCAGCCACGUGGACUAUAGUGGGCGAGGUUGUCUUCUUCUGCGCGGAUUUUGUUUUUUUUGCUAUAUAAGGGGCAGCUUCACAAAUUGUUUUCUCUGGGUCAGGCGAAAUAAUGAAACCAGAGCAUAAAGUUGCCGGAGCAAGCGUUCCUCUGUUGCCGGAGGUUCGGACAGAGGAGGUUGAAACAUCAGAUGGGGCGUCGAUUUCUAGUGCUAUUUUUAAUGUUUCGACUAGCAUGGUCGGAGCAGGGAUCAUGUCGAUUCCGGCAACUUUUAAGGUUCUGGGUAUCAUUCCUAGUUUCGUUGUGAUCCUGAUUAUUGCAUUUUUCGUUGACGUCACGGUGGAAUUCCUUUUAAAGUACACACGUCAUACUGGAGUGUUGGAUUCUUAUGGUGCUCUCAUGGCCGAGUCAUUUGGAAAACCGGGAGCUGUUGCACUUCAAGUUUGCGUCUUGAUCACCAACCUUGGUGCCAUGAUCAUUUAUUUGAUCAUCAUCGGAGAUGUACUAUCAGGAAAUCAGUCGGAUGGGUCAGUUCACUUGGGUGUUCUUCAGGAAUGGUUUGGAGUGCAUUGGUGGAAUUCGCGCUCAUAUGCACUCCUGUUUAUUGUGCUCUUUAUUAUGCUCCCUUUGGUUGUCUUGCGGCGAAUAGAUUCUUUGCGGUAUGCUUCUGCUGUUUCUAUCCUGUUGGCCGUGCUUUUUGUGAUACUAUGCUCAGGGAUGGCUAUACGAGCAAUGUUAUUAGGUAAAACAGAGAAAUCAAGACUUCUGCCGGACUUUGCCCAUGGGAUGUCCUUCUUUGAACUCUUCACCACUAUUCCCGUCAUUGCAACAGCCUUUGGAUGCCAUGUAAAUGUUCAUCCAAUCAGAGCGGAGCUGGGUAGACCUUCUCAGAUGAGCUCGGCAGUCAGGAUUUCGUUGGUGCUAUGUGUCGCCAUUUAUUUUGCAGUUGGCUUUUUCGGAUAUCUGCUAUUUGGAGACGCAAUAAUGGCGGAUAUGCUUGUCAACUUUGAUACUGUGUCAGAGUCGUUCAUGGGUGUAGUGCUAAAUGAUGUGGUUCGGCUAAGUUAUGCAAUUCAUCUCAUGUUGGUUUUCCCCGUGAUGAAUUUUUCCUUGAGGGCCAAUGUAGAUGAAUUGUUCUUUUCGAAGAGGCCAUUAUUGGCAACAGACAACACCAGAUUUUUAUCCCUGACUUGCAUAAUACUUCUGUUGUCAUACAUGGCUGCGGUAGCAAUCCCAAAUAUUUGGUACUUCUUUCAGUUUAUGGGGACAACCACCGUUGUCUUCAUCAUGUUUAUAUUUCCCAGCUCAAUUAUCCUAAGGGAUGUUCAUUGCAUAUCGACAUUUCGAGAUAAGAUUUUGGCAGUACUUGUGAUAAUACUGGCGAUAGGGACUAGUUUGAUUGCCAUUGCCUCCAAUGUAUACAAUUACGUCGGAGGGAAGUGACAAUUCUUGUAUCCAAAUCAAAGUGAUGGUUGCUUCUAGCGCAGUGAAAUGAGAAAAACGGUGAAUCCGGAAGUUCUUACCCUCUUCCAUUUGGGUUAUACUUAGAAGAGUGGCAAACUGCCAAAAUGACCCAAGACUCUCGUUUCUCUUCUACCGUUCUGAGCUUCCCUGUCAAUUUCAUCCUUUUGUUUUAUUAUAUCGCAAUAGAACGGAAAAAUGAAAAUCAGAAUUGAGUGAAUGUGGUUGGUGCCUCUUUACGUCUUUAAGAGUCUUUCUUACAAUGCUGAAGUUUGAAAAGAACAGCCUAGAACCAGAAAGACAACGCAGUGAUCCUGCAGUAACUUGGUAUCAAAGCCUAAUAAUUAUAACCCACCCUUUUUUUUGAGCUUUUGUUUUGAAUUUUGCCGGACAUCUGUCCAUGCCGUAAUGGUGUGUGCUGGUUCUGGGGCUUCUGGAUGAGUCGAUGUUGAAAUUCUACUCAUCACGAUUAUCCAUUUCUUAGAUACUUAGAACGGGGUAACGCCAAAGAGACAUAGAGUUUAAAUCGCAGACUUGAGGUGCAACCUUAACUCAUGCAAGGAUUCGUAACAACGGGAACAGACCAUUAGGCUAGCUAGAUGCUACCUUAGAAGUGUCGAAACAAAUGGUUUUAUGGAUCACUUGUCUUAGUAUGGUUAGACUCGAGACCAUCAACGGGGUGUCCGCUAAUUCAAUUAAGAUGCAAGUACAAUCAAACACAAGUCAGAUGUUGACAAUUUGUGAUUGAAGGCAAAAUAU